AUGCUCAGUUUGGCAAACAAGGAAGAGUUUGAGGCAUGGUUAGAGGAACAUCAGCAGCAUAGUGGAACAACAUUCUACACACGAGACAGUUCAAAAUCCAGCAUAAGUUUGAGAUGUAACAGAGCAGGGAAAUAUUCAAAGAAGACGCAAACCCGAGCCACGCAUACAAAGCGAGAUGUGUUGCAUUGCUCUUGUUUUCUGAAUGUGAAAUUCGAGGAUGACGGCUCAGUGAAUGUAAAGGGCUGCUUGGGUCAUAUUGGCCAUAAAGUCGACUCUGCUCUUCUACGUUUAACAAGAACUCAGCAGCUUUUUCUCAAGGAAUUAUUAGAAGUUAUUAUCACACCCGAGCAAGUGGAGUGCUUACAGAAGUUUUCACAUAAAGGAAUUUCUAUCAGAAGCGCUCAGAGUUCCAUCCUCAAAAGGGUGACGGUGAUGGUUUCAAAUGAACAAGACGAGGAUAUUCCAGCAGCCUUCCUGCUGUGUGAAUCCAUGACUUCUCUUGAUGUCGAAGAAUUCUUUCGUGAAAUCAGGAAAGUGGUCCCAGGAUUUGACCCCAAGCAAAUACACACCGACGAUGCAUCAUGCUUUUACGAACCUUUUCGUUCGGUGUUUCCCAAAUCGCGUGCCAAACUGCAGAUGGCAAAUCACAACGCGAAAAGGAGUAAAUAA